CACAACGCCGUUGACAACUGCCAAGGCAGCAGCCAUCGCCAAUCAACUUUCGAUUACGACUCACACGCUCACACACAUCGUAGGCCGCGAAAAGCCGCUCCUAGUGGCCGGCGCCGGACGACACCCCUUCGACAGCCCUGCUUUUCUUGGUGAUCGCUAAUCGACUCCGACGACUCAUGCUCAAAACUAACUUCACCUCGGUGACUCCUCCAACUCCAACUCCACGCUGCAUCUUCUGUGCUUUGGAUCCCCUCCAUUCGCUCCCUUUUUCCUGCCAUGCAUUCUCAAGUCCCGUCUCCCUGCGUCACACCACACAUUCGGGGCGCACAGAGAUGCGUACGGGGAACACAUCCGUGCCCACCCACCCGGCCCACUGGCCGAAAAGCUUGGGUUCGGUGAUGUCGGCCGAUAUUCGCACGCACGCACGCACCCCGGGCCCAUGAAGUUAUCUCGAGACGGGACUAUCACUUGCCGGCCUUCAUCGCUCCCGCGCGCAUGCUCACACACACCGAAGACACCGCGCCGUACCUUUGAGUCCCUAGGCUCCGCAGCUCAGCCGCAUUUGGGGUCGAUCUUCUUGAGUGAGGGGAACGUCGAGGCUGCCUAGGCUAGUGCUUGUGGUGUGGCUGGAGAUUGCCGAUGGCACAGUAUCCUGAUUUCGGAUGUCUUGUCGGAGGUCAAGGGCAAGGCAGGCUGUGCAUGUUAGUGAGUAGAAAAGGGCCGCUGUUCUAGGAACGAGCUGCCCAGUUGAUUCUCUUUUCUUGCUUCAUCGUCUUUACAUAGUCACCUGCUUAAUCUUUCUUGAUAUACUUUAACUUGACAGACUUGUUUUCGGUCGCUGCUAUGUCAACCCGGAGCCCUGAGGAGCUGCUCAGAGCAGUCGAGGCAAGCCACGACCAAUACCUCCGUAACUUACGAAGUCUACAUGACUCCCUGGCUAGUGCUGUGAGAGACAGAUCAGAUACCAAGACAAUAAACAACGCUCGCCAGCCAUCUCCCCUCCUGCAACCUUCUCCAAGCCCCGUACAGAGUCCAGGGCAGAGUCCACCACUUUCAUCGGAAGCAACCUUUCAGCCUGCUCUUCGCCGUGCCCGCCGCUCAACUUUCUCAGACCCUAUUGAGAAGCGGACACUGUCCAACGUUGUUGAGAGAAAGCACGUACCGGCCUCCAUUCACUCUGAGCUAGACGUCGAGUAUCUUCCCUUACUUGACAUUGCAGGUCCUCGAAGUGUCAACAGUUCAGAUGGGACCCUCACAAGCCCUCCCACAAAACUAGUUGAGCGCGUAUCAUGGACGGACAACCAGCUUCUACGCCAUCUCAAGUACACCGACUUCACCGGUGGCGCCGCUAUUGCGCUCACCGAUGUGAUCAAACGGCAAGCCGACAUCGACGAGGAUGCGGUCUUCGAGGAAUUUGCUGCCUAUGAAAGCCAGGGUUACGUCAGUUCAACCUUUGAGCUGUACGAUGUCGACAAGGAAGGAUCACCUAGACCCGUGGGCAAACACCCAGACCACCGUCCGCGAGGCGCCGCAGCCGACGCAGCUCCAACUCCCACUCAGAUUGUCGACGCCCCGACGGUGUGGAACGCUCUCAAGGAGAUUCAUGCCGAUGGCCAGGCCGUAGGUCUCGUAACGAUCCUACAAGAACCGUCAGCUCUCAUGCUCGGCGCGCUACAUAUGACGAUGCGCCCAUACUUCGACAUGACGGAGCUCCUCAACCAUCUCAUCACAGACCAUGAGAAUAACGGCAAGACGACGGCCCACGUCCAUCGAGCCUUUGCCAAGGAUGCUUCACCCUCGCAUCUCCGCCAGCGCAGCUUCUUCUUCGUUUUCAAGUACUACACAGUCGUAGGCGAGGGCCUCGAACCAGCACCCUUUCAAAAGUACGACAAACGCCCCGCGGACCGCCGCUCAAAGGAUCACAUCGACAUUGCGGAAUGCAGCUCCAUCCUCGCCCUCUCCCUCUCCGGCCCACCACGCCAAUCCGUGAAGCAGACCCGGCGCCGCGAGGGCCCGCAAGAAGGCUUUCUCUUCGACACGUUCGCGCCGUGGCACCUGCUCUCGAUCCAGUCGUUCCCAGACGACGAACACACCCUCCGCGGCGGCGACGCCGAGGCGCACAAGAACUUCCCCUCGGGGCCGUACGCCUUCCUGGACGCCCUGGUGACCGAGUACCGCGACGCGACGAAGCGCAACCUGGCCCUCCAUGCCCGCAUCGCGAAGCUCAUCACCCCGCCUACGGACUUCAUGUUCGACGCCCGCCUGCGCGACAAGCUCCUCUUCGAGGACAAGCACUUCACCUACAUCCGGCGGUACUUUUGGGCCUACAACACCCUGGGCGUCGUCAACGAGGGAUUGCGCGCCAUGCUGGCCGCCUACCGCGAGACGUUUCCCGACGACUUCUGGGAGGGGAGGCACCAGACGCUGUGGCCGCACCCGGCGCCGGAGAGCCCCGAGGGCGUGGCGUACCGCGACAAGAUGGUGCUCCUGCGGUCCGACCUGGAGCGCGCGUGUCGGGACCUGGAGACGGUGCACGCCAAGAAUGCGGCAACGCGCAAGGAGAUUGAGAAUCUGCGGGACCAGCUCUUCAGCGGGAGCUCCAUCAAGGAGUCGAGGAGGGCGAUCGAGCAGGGGGAUAACAUCAAGGUGCUCACGUUGGGGUCCAUGGUGUUUUUGCCCCUGACGUUUGUGACUUCAGUCUUUGGUAUAACAGAGUUUACGAUAUCACCGGAAGACUGGAGAUUCCCCGUGACAAUGGUCUGCGUCUGCGUACCCUUCAUCGUGGCCCUCAUCCUCCUGCAGACGCGCGCGGGGUACUCGCUCGCGAGGCACACCUUCGCCGCGCUCGCCUGGCCGUUUCGACUAUUCACGGACGUCGCUGCGGAUGAGCAGUUUACCCCGGCCGCCGUCAUCAUGCCCGUGACGGAGACGAGACCUAGGAGGAAGAGGAGGUUGACGGGCCGUCGGCCCCCUCCGACACGUUCGCCACGGCACCAGCAGCAGCAGCCGCCGCAGCAGCACCACCGUGACAACGAUUUGGGGUUGAUUCAGUCGUUUAUAGGGUGGUGGACGUGGGUGAGGAAGAAUGGGGUCCGUAGGAGCGGAGGUGAGCGAGGUGACGGUUCGGCGUUUGCAAAUGUGUGAGGUGGUUUUGAUUUAUUGAGAUUUCUGUAGUUGUUAGAUACCCC